CUGAGUAAUAAGUCCACUUGUGCCUUUGUGGUGUCCAACCCAGGGAGGUUCAAUGUGGAUAUGCAGUAUGAGAUAAAAGGGCCUGAAAAGCUGCACUGCCACCUGCAGGUGGAGUCCACAACAGCUGUGGUGCUAGUGGGAGAACAUAAUUGAUGCAACCUCAGCUUCUUACCCCUGAAGUAGUGUGACCUCAAACAUAUGGGCUUCUUAAUCAAGGCAUCCUGUUUCUUUUUUCCUCUUUGUCUUUUAUUUUUAUUUAUUUAUUUAUUUAUUUAUUUUUUACAUCUUUUUUUGUAUUUCAUUUUUGUAUAUUCAUGUUUAGUGAGUUUGCAAUGUUUUACGAUUCUUGCUUUUGAUUCUACUCUGUAGGUAAAGGACGGCUCUGUUUUCCGUUGCCGUCCGCUGGGUUCUGCCACCAGCCUGGGUCUGGAGUUUUCUUUCCUCAAGUACAACUUUGGAAAGACCUUCAUUUACUCUGCUGGCAUGGUGCCUGCCACAUGCACACUGCUUAUCAGCAACAAAGGCGAAAGAGGAAUCAGGUAAAUGGUGGGGUCAUCAUGCAUAAACUGUAACUCAUUAAUUUUUUGUGUUUUUAAAAAUAUUUUUAAUUAUAUGUUUCCACUUCAUCUAUUAUAGUGUGGACUGUUUAUUCUCCAACACUCCUUUUCUGGAAGUGAGCUUCAUACCUGAUAUCAUACCAUAGCUCCAUACUGUUGGUAGCAUGGAGGUGCCUUUCAUGUUCUACCCACGAGAAGCAAUGCCUUACCAUGAAAAGGUGGUCUUUGAGAUAAACAAGUGUUCCAUGCAGGUAGUGGAGAUCAUGGGGCAAGGAAUUGAGAUGAAGAUUGACGUAGAGGAUCCAAAAUUAAAGAUUGUGAAGCUUGGAACUCUACAGGUGGGCCAGAGGAGCAAGAAGCUCAUACCUCUGAUAAACAACAGUCUGUCUUCCUUGACCUUCUCUCUCCUCUUCACACCCUCUGCACAGACUCUACUGAACUCUAAGGUCCUGUCAGUGAAUCCAAGUAGGAAGGUGACGCUGAAGGGUGGAGGGGGAAAGUGUGUGGUGGAGGUGCUCUUCGGCCCUCAGUGACGCAUGGCCCCGUUCAGUGAGGAGGUGCAGCUGAAGUGUUUGGGCACCAUACGCCCCCUACUGGUACUGAAAGGCUGCUGCCAGGGUGUGGAGGUCACACUGGACCAGAACUACUUGUCCUUUGGAGCUGUGGCCCAGCGUUGCAAAGCCACACGUCCUAUUAUGCUGCAAAAUAUAGGAGACAUUGGGGCUAGGUGCAUAUAUACAUACACAUAUUCAUAUCGACCAUCAUGUGCAUGAUAUGUUCUUGAGCAGGGAAGUCAGACUCCAAUCCUGAAAGGCGACAUUAAUACAUGGUUCAGCAUUUUACUUCAUUUAACAUGCCACAUCAGGUAAUAAACCCUUUUGCAAAGUUCGAGAUUCUACUCAACAGACAUUUGUUGGGAGUAGGAAAGACAGCAACGGCACAAUUUAUGAAUGACAAUGCUGAAUUUUGUGAUUAUUUUGUGAUUGUGAUUAAGAGGAAGAAGAAAAAUAGUUCUUCAAGCUGACACUCCCACUGUAGAAAAUGAAAUAAGUGCUACUCUUCAUUCUCUGUUCUUUUUUUUUUUUUUACUGUUCACAAUGUCCAUGAAUACAUUAUUAAAUAAUAGUUUGUUUUACCAUCAUAUGAUUAUAUUCAAUAAAGUUCUCUCUUUACAGAUGUAAUCAUUUACCUGAUUUGAUAAUUAAGUACACUCUAAUCAUAAACAUUCUAAUAAGUUUUUCUCUUGUACACAUAUUUUAUGUAUUGUUGUGGUUUAUAUAUCUUUUUUUUUUUUUUUUUCUUUUGCGGUAAUUACUAUUCUCUGGCAAAUCAAGAAUUUUGGAUUCUUACUUUGCAUAACUUUUUAAAGACCUUGUGUGUAUUUUUGUAUCAGGUUCAAGUAGGUUGCAAAGGCUUUUGCUCCAGACUUCAGUAUCUGCCAUGCUGAAGGUUACAUUUGCCCAGGAAUGGAGAUGCCUUUGGUGGUGACCUUUGCUCCUGAUGAGGUCAAGCAGGAGCUGUACUAUGAUAACCUUUUUUGCUCUAUAGAGGGGGGCAAGCCUGUAACCCUCACCCUUGCUGGCUCCUGCAUUGUUCUCCCAGUAGCCAAUCAGGUAAAACAUUGUCUCUGUGUGAUUAUCAUAGGUAUUAAUUGUCUUUUAUUGAUCUGUGACCUAUAUGUAUAUACUCUCUCUUUUCCCCCUCUACAGGUGCUGAAUUUUGUGUGUCAGGUCCGUAGUCAGUGCACUCAGUUUGUGACUCUGUCUAAUAAUACUAACCAGCACUGGUGCCUGAAGCCUGUGAUUGAGGGUGAAUAUUGGAGUGCUUUACUUUCCCUCGUCAUAGAGCCAUACCAGCAAAAUAAAGCCUACAAGAUCACCUAUAAGCCCAUGGCCAUGACCACGGAUGGUAAAAAGCACCUGCUAAAUCUCUCUCUACCAGAGAUCAGUUGGUUUAGCUUGAGUAACCUGACGGAACAUGGACAAUCCUGGAAUCCCUGUUUGACAGUUUAAUUAAC